GUAUGUCAGCAGCUGCUACAACAGUCAUAACAAUGUUGUUGGUAUUUUCUAUGCAAAAGCUUUAUACAACUCCUACGACAAUUUUUCCUAUGUUUUUUUAAAAGUUGUAAAGAGUUUCAGUAUUGCCAAUAGUUCAUUUUAGCACAUAAACAAAAAAGUAAACAAAUUUUAGUUGCAAAAACAACAGAAUGGUAACACUAUAAACAUGAACAUCAAAACAAAAAGAAAAUAAAUUUGAAGUUUAUACAUAAUUCAAAAUUAAAAAAUUGAAAUUAGCAAUUAAAUAUGGAUAUUCUAGAUAAUUUUGAGCCUAAACCAAAACGUGUUUGUUUAAAUCCGCCAAGAAAGUGGUCUGUGGCCGAAGAAAAGAGUUUAUUGGAAUUUCUCGUGGAAAAUAGGGACUUUGAGAAACCAACAGCCCAGGUUUAUUAUAAGCGCUUCGCAGAGCAAAAGAACGUGUGCGUGGAAUGGAAACAAGUGAGAUCCAAAGUUAGGAAUAUGCGGGUGUCUUAUAAUAAAGCAAAAGCAUGGGAAGGUUCGACUGGAGCGGGAAGCAUGGAAGGUGAAACAGUAAAAGCAACUUUAUUGAAAAUGUGCUGUUAUUAUGAUGAGCUGGAUGAUAUAUUUGGUUCCAAAAUUAUUGAAACAGCAGUAAUAGAAGAAAGUUUAGAUGAAGAAUCUGAUGGAAGUUUUCUAAAUUCCACAGAAAUAUAUGUGGACGACACCACCACUGCAUCAGAUAGCUCCUUACCAGAGACUUAGCAGUCAUGCAGCCGUAAAGGCAUUUAUUCCCGAACUGCAGUGUCAGAUAUUAUGAAAAUGCAGACGGAAAUUAUGGUUUUAAAAAAAGAAAAAAUGGAACACGAAAAAGAAAUCAAGGAAAGGGAAAUCGCUAUCAGAGAAAAAGAGAUCAAGAUAAAGGAAAGGGAAUUGGAAUUAAAGAUGAAAGACCUGGAAACUCAAAAGGAAUUGAAAAUAAUGGAACUACAAAUAAAAGAAAGAUUAGCUACGAUGGAGUUGCGGUUAAAAUACGCAAAAUAAAAUAUUUAAAACUUAAUGAACUAAAGAUCAAACUUUAAAAAAUCAAAAACGGUUUAAAACAAAACCUUAUAAUAUCAUAAUUAUA